UGGGGUGGGCGUGUCUAUGCCAAUGAGCCGCGGCCAUAUAAGGAGCGUGUGGGCGGGGCCUUGUGCAAAGAGCGCCCAAGUCACGGGACGCCGUCUCCGAGUCACGUGACGCCGAUUCCUCAACUGCUGGAGGUUGUGUCCACGAAGCCGAGCGGCCAGCGACCAGCAGCACAGCAGCCCCCCACGACCCAGCCGUGUCUCCGCCGAGACGUCACCACCAUGCGUCUCGUCAUCCUGGACAACUACGAUGCAGCGAGCCUUUGGGCCGCCAAGUACAUCCGCAACCGCAUACUGCAGUUCCAGCCGGGACCGGGGAGACAUUUCACCCUGGGCCUCCCCACCGGUAGCACUCCGCUGGGCUGCUACCGCCAGCUGAUUGAGUUUGUCAAGUCUGGAGAUCUUUCAUUCAAGCACGUCACCACCUUCAACAUGGACGAGUACGUGGGCCUCCCACGUGACCACCCUGAGAGCUACCACUCGUUUAUGUGGACCCAUUUCUUCAAGGAGGUCGACAUCGACCCAGCUAAUGUCCACAUCCUGGACGGGAACGCCAGUGACCUUGAGAAGGAGUGUGCGAGGUUUGAGCGUGAGAUCACUCUGGCUGGAGGGAUAGAGCUCUUUGUGGGAGGCAUUGGCCCUGAUGGCCACAUCGCCUUCAACGAGCCCGGCUCCAGCCUCGUGUCCCGCACACGCGUCAAGACGCUGGCCCGGGACACCAUCCUGGCCAACGCUCGAUUCUUCGGCGGAGACCUCGACAAAGUGCCCACCAUGGCGCUCACCGUGGGUGUCGGCACCGUCAUGGACGCCAGAGAGGUGAUGAUUCUCAUCACAGGAGCCCACAAGGCACUGGCCCUGUACAAGGCCAUUGAGGACGGAGUGAACCAUAUGUGGACCGUCUCAGCCUUCCAGCAGCAUCCACACUCCACCUUUGUCUGCGAUGAAGAUGCCACGCUUGAGCUUCGCGUCAAGACGGUCAAAUACUUCAAGGGGCUGAUGUACGUUCACAACAAGCUGGUGGACCCCAUGCUGAGCAUCAAAGACUCACAAAGCAAAGUGGUGGAGCCCUCUCAAGGCGUCCACGCUGACUCCUACCUGGAGUGACAACCACCACCACAACAACCACAACUACAACUACAACCACCACCACCACAACUACAACCACAACUACAACCACAACUACAACAACAACAACAACCACAACUACUACCACCACAAUUAC